AAUGUCCAGUGUACCCUAUGCAAAAGGAGUUAGGAAAGGAAGCAUUGAAGCCCCUUUCCUAAGCAUUUAAAGAAUUUGAACAGUUCUUAUUGCGGCAUAUACCUUAAAGGGAAGCACUGAAUGUUACAGUGGGAAGGCUCGUGUCUGUCACCUGGGAAGGGGGCGGCAGUCACACAUGCUGCACACCCAGCAGGCAGUCAUUCAUCAGAAUGAAGAGAUUCUUUCCAAAGCCUCUUGGACCAAAUCAAAUUGUGUGAGAAACACUGAAGGGGUUGCGUUCUGACACUGUAGGAGCCAGUCACAACAGAUAUGCGCGUUUUUCAACGAGACAGUUUCUUCCUUGUUCCUGGUUUAAAAGGCAACAUUCCACUGAGUCGCUUGAGCUGAGAGACUGCAUUGUUUCUCACCAAAGAAAGAAAACCUGCAGGCAGAAUGCGGGACAUGUUGGAGAGGCUGAGGACCAUCAGUGUUGACCAGGAGGACCUCGAGCCAGAGUUUUACGGACCUGAGUAUGACGUGGACAAGAUGAGUCUGUCUCCACAGGCGGUGGUUUUUGAGAACUCCUCAGCUAUCGACAACAUCCUGAAGGAGACCCACUCCAUACGCAAGGAGAUCUCCUCCCUCCACUCAGAGGUUGAUCGCCUGAGCUCUGUCAAUGAACACUUUAAGACGUCAGUGCGACGUCUCACCCUACUCAAAAAGGACUCGGACUCCAUCGCCAGGAGCAUCAAGCAACGUGGGGAGGCUCUGUACAUCCGCCUGCAGGCUCUGGGUAAGGAAAGCAGCCGGCUGGAGGAGAAAGAAGGUCACAACUCUGCUGUCAGCCGCAUUGCCCGAGUUCAGUACAACACACUGACCAGAGCCCUCCAUGCUACUAUGAGUGACUACACUCGGGCUGAGGAGAUGCAGAGGAGUACUUGUCGGGGGAGGAUCCAGAGGCAGGCCUCAAUUAUGGGAUCUGAAAUCACUGAUGAGCAGCUGGAUGUACUGGUGGACAAAGGUUGUGAGGGAUGGGCUGAGCUGUCCCACAGUCUGCAGACACAAGGCGCCCGCUCCUGCCGCUCGGCGAUGUGUGAGAUCAAAGGCAGGCACAAAGAACUGGUGGAGCUGGAGGCCAGGCUGAAGGAGGUCCAUGAGAUGUUCCUGGACAUGGCCAUGCUGGUGGGGGAGCAGGGAUCCAUGAUCAACAACAUUGAGACCAAUGUCUGUGGCACUGAGGAAUAUGUUGAGGAAAUCAAUGUUUGCAUGAAGAAAGCCAUACAGUAUAAGAGAAAAAAUCCUUUGCAUCAAUGUUGUCCCUGUCUACCCUUUUGGAGAAACAACUAAAUAUUGUAGGGCCUCUUUUGACUUGAUGCAAUUUUAUGGAUGAUUAAAAACUGAAAUAAAUAUUUACCCAUGUUUAAAGUGAUGCACAAAGG